CUACACAAACAGAGGGCGGCCAGGCCACCGCUAGAGAUACUCCCAUAAUUGCCUGCCCAAUCAGCCUGCCAAUUCUCGUUUGUUAUAAUCUGGUCGUUUUGUUUAGGCGUGAUAAUCCUUCUAUUUUUAUAUUCAUUCAGAUCUAACCUAGUAAUGGAGUAGUAACGUAAAUCUCCUUGGCGUGCCGAGAGCCGAUCAGCCCACACGCAUCUGCCUUCCUUCCCGGCUAGCAGCUAUAUAUCGACCGACCAAUCGAUCGUGUUCAAGACCUCGCAACCUCUGCUCCCUGGUUCCGUUCGUUUGGUUCCAAACUUCCAAUUCAGCCCAAAGACCCAAUCCCAUCCGCAGGGCAGAGGGCAGGGCGAUGAAGUACAGCAAGGAGGCCAAGCCCGAGAGGGCGGGCGGCGGCGGCGGCGGCGCCAGGGCCGUGCCGGUGGCGCUCAUGCUCCUCCUCCUCUGCGGCUUCUCCUUCUACCUCGGCGGCAUGUACAGCACCGGCCGCACCUUCACCUUCUCCUCCACCACCACCAGCAUCAUCCCCAUCGUCUCCACGGCGAAGCAGGAGGGCUCCGCGAUCGCGCUCGCCAUUGCCAGGAACGGCAACGGCGACGACGAGGUCGAGUUUUCAGAGUGCCCCGCUGAUUACCAGGACUACACCCCCUGCACCGACCCCAAGCGCUGGAGGAGGUACGGGAACUACCGGCUCAGCUUCAUGGAGCGGCACUGCCCGCCGCCGCCGGAGCGCGCCGUCUGCCUGGUGCCCCCGCCGCGGGGCUACAAGCCGCCCAUCCGCUGGCCCAAGAGCAAGGACCAGUGCUGGUACCGCAACGUGCCCUACGACUGGAUCAACAGCCAGAAGUCCAACCAGCACUGGCUCCGCAAGGACGGCGACCGCUUCACCUUCCCCGGCGGCGGCACCAUGUUCCCCAACGGCGUCGGCGCGUACGUCGACCUCAUGGCCGACCUGAUCCCCGGCAUGAAGGACGGCAGCGUGCGCACCGCGCUCGACACGGGCUGCGGCGUCGCCAGCUGGGGCGGCGACCUGCUGGCCCGCAACAUCCUGACCGUGUCGCUGGCGCCCAGGGACAACCACGAGGCCCAGGUGCAGUUCGCGCUGGAGCGCGGCAUCCCGGCCAUCCUCGGCAUCAUCUCCACGCAGCGCCUGCCCAUCCCCUCGGCCUCCAUGGACAUGGCGCACUGCUCCAGGUGCCUCAUCCCGUGGACGGAGUUCGGCGGGCUCUACCUGAUGGAGAUCCAGCGGGUGCUCCGGCCCGGCGGCUUCUGGGUGCUCUCGGGCCCGCCCAUCAACUACGAGAACCGGUGGCACGGCUGGAACACCACGGUGGAGGCGCAGAAAGCCGACUUCGACCGGCUCAAGAAGAUGCUCGCCAGCAUGUGCUUCCGGCUGUACAACAAGAAGGGCGACAUCGCGGUGUGGCAGAAGUCCCUCGACGCCGGCUGCUACGACAAGCUGACGCCGGUGACCACCCCGGCCAAGUGCGACGACAGCGUCGACGCCGACGCCGCGUGGUACGUGCCCAUGCGCUCCUGCGUGACCGCGCCCAGCCCCAAGUCCCGCGGCAAGGCGCUGCCCAAGUGGCCCCAGAGGCUGAGCGUCGCGCCGGAGCGCGUCUCCGUUGUCCCCGGCGGCAGCGGCAGCGCCAUGAAGCACGACGACGGCAAGUGGAAGGCGGCCACGAAGCACUACAAGGCGCUGCUGCCCGCGCUGGGGAGCGACAAGGUGCGGAACGUCAUGGACAUGAGCGCCGUCUACGGAGGGUUCGCGGCGAGCCUCGUCAAGGACCCCGUGUGGGUCAUGAACGUCGUCUCCUCCUACGGGCCCAACUCCCUCGGCGUCGUCUACGACAGAGGACUCAUCGGCACCAACCACGACUGGUGCGAGGCCUUCUCCACGUACCCACGGACGUACGAUCUGCUGCACGCCGACGGCCUGUUCACCGCAGAAUCACACAGAUGCGAGAUGAAAUUUGUGCUUGUUGAGAUGGACCGCAUCCUUCGUCCGACCGGCUACGCCAUCAUCCGGGACAACCCCUACUUCCUCGACUCCGUGGCCUCCAUCGCCAAGGGGAUGAGAUGGACCUGCGACAGGCACGACACCGAGAACAAGGAGAAUGAGAAGGAGAAGCUCCUCAUCUGCCACAAGCAGCUCUGGUCGGCAAAGAAGGCAUAGCUGCGAACCAGCAGUCUCAGUGACAGGAAUUGACCAUGAUCCCACGGAAAGGCGAGGGCGAUUCAUAGUCGACACUUUGAUAGAACAAGGGGGGGUUCAUAGUCAUCAAAAUAAACUACAUGAGUAAUAUAAAUAUAGUUUUAUCAUAUUCAUAUAUAGGAGGAUCCAAUAGUUAGCUAUUGAUCACACAACAGUUGAUUCUUUUUCUUUGCGGAAGAACCAGGGGAGGUAAAGUUUGGUGAGUCACCUGUAAGUUGUUAUCCGAAUACUGUAUGCAUGUCCUAUAGCUAGUCGGUACUGUGAUUGUAAUCGAGCAAUCAAGCGGGGUGGCUAUAAAUAUUAUUUAUUCAAAUAUUUAUGGAGCACGAAGUGAUAGUGAUGCAGUGUCA